AUGUGGCGGGAUCGAACCAACCUCUACAUCUCCUACCGCCAAUCCUUCGCACAUCACCCGGCCAAGAAACCGCGUUUCGCAGCCCCCUCCAAUGGCUUUGACUCACCCUCCCAGCCGGAGGAAAGCCGGCGACUGAUCUCCGAGACAGGUGGCUUCGAAGAAGAUGGCGACAUGGUUAUCGAGAUGGACCUACUGCCUCCACGCUGGGUGGACAUUCAGGAAGAAGUCUCGGAGUACCUGGCAGAUAUCGCGCAGAAGGCUGCGGAGCUAGAUAAACUACACCAGAAGCAUUUGCUUCCUGGGUUCGGAGAUGAGGAUCUCCGAAGACAAGACGAGGGUUUGAUUGAGCGGUUGACGCAAGAGGUCACGCGCAGCUUCCACGACUGCCAGAAAGCCAUCAAUAGGAUCGAGAGGAUGGUCCUCGAGUCCAAAGAGCAUGGCGGCGUGACCAGUGGUGAGGAGACCAUGGCCAAGAACAUUCAGAUCUCUUUGGCUUCGAGGGUCCAGGAGGCGAGUGCGAGGUUUCGGAAGAAGCAGAGCACAUAUUUGAGAAAAUUACGAGAUAUAGAGGGCUUUGCUACGCCGUUCGAUCGUGCUCCGACCCCCGUUCAGAACCCGUACACCGAUCCUUCCCUGAUGGAGUCCGAUGCCGACAAGACCUUCUCACAGACUAUGCUGAUGCAGACGCAACAACGGGCGACGGGCCAGAAUGAUGCGGUUAUUGCGCAGCGCGAGCGUGAGAUCAACGAUAUUGCAAAGGGGAUUAUUGAGCUUUCGGAUAUCUUCCGUGAACUGCAGACUAUGGUCAUCGACCAAGGCACUAUGCUCGAUCGCAUUGAUUAUAACGUUGAGAGAAUGGGGACCGAAGUCAGGGGUGCUGAGAAAGAACUUAAAGUGGCUACAAACUAUCAACGCCGAACCACCAAACGCAAGGUCAUGAUUCUGCUAGCCCUGGUGGUGGUAGGACUGAUCAUUAUUCUGGUCGUGAAACCGAAAAAUCACGGCUCACCACCACCACCACCUGCUGAUGAAUCAUCUAAUAAUAUUCGGUCAGUCUUGGCAACGCGAGAAAGGCGACAUCCCUCGUCGAGUCGGUUUGGUCGAGAUCGCUGGAUGGAUCCAGACAUACUUCGAUAA